AUGUUUGGUGGCUUACAUUUACCCCUUCAUAAUUGUGAGUAUUACUGUGUCUUCUGUAUUUGUAGGUAUCCAGACACUUGGAUGUCACGACUCUGUGUCAUCAUCCUCAUUUGCGUAGCAUUGGUCUUGCUCCCCUCGCAGAUUGAAGCAUUGGGACAAACGUGGAUUGCAAGGCAGAAAUGUGGAAGUGACUACAGUGGCGGAUUUGCUAAAAAUGAAAAACACGUUGUUGUUACGAUAACGCAUUUGGAAAUGGCACUUGUCAGGGAUUUCUUGGACGAAUUCUACGCACAUCAUGAGAACAAACGAGUGCAUGUGGUCCUUCUUUCACCCGCCGAAUUAGAUGAUCCAACUCGCCUACUACUGAAAUUUCCGUUGUACAGUGAACGUGUUCACUACGUGAGAGGAACUGUUCUUCGUGACGAAAAUCUUGAAAGAGCCCGCCUUGGAGAUGCGCAAGCUUGCUUCAUUCUUUCUGCUCGCCAUCAGGAUAAGAAAAUUUCAACGGAUGAGCACACUAUUUUACGCUCAUGGGCAGUCAAAGAUUUCGCUCCUCACGUCAAGCAGUAUGUGCAGAUUUUUAGACCAGAAACUAAGAUGCAUUUGGAGCAUGCAGGUAAGCAGAACUUCCGAUCUAUUCACAGUUUAAGAAUUGAAUUCGGGCUAUACUCGUUUGUUCCAUUGGCAUUGCGGUCUGCGACAAUAAGCUCUAGACUGGACAAGACUAGCCCUUAA